AUGCUCAACAAAUACAUUCCUGAAGGCCACCUCGAGGCAACCACUGCACACUGGAGCGACUUACAAAAGGUGCUUCGGGAUGGCGAGCUUGAAAUCGAUGGUAAUGGUCUCACUCUUGCCGGUGUUGUUGCGGUAGCCAGGUACGGCUGCCAGCCUCGCCUUACCGAUAAGGCUGAGACGAUCGAUGCCAUCAAUGAAAGUGUGGUAGCACUGGCGGAAUUGAUCCGCGAUGGAAAUCAUAUUUACGGGGUAAAUACCGGCUUUGGUGGAAGUGCUGAUUCCCGCACAAACCAGACCACCACGUUGCAGAGCUCCCUACUCCAGCUUCUCCAAAGUGGUAUCCUUACCGACUCCGAUACAAACAGCAAAGUUCCGCGACCCAAUGCGCAGGGUCCUGGGCCUCACUCUAUGCCUUCGGAGUGGGUAAAGGCCACUAUGCUUGUCCGAAGCAAUUCAGUGGCGCGAGGACAUUCUGCCGUAUCCGUGCCGGUUAUUAGCGCAAUCAUACGGCUGCUUCGCGAGGAUAUCACGCCCGUGAUUCCCCUCCGGGGAACCAUUUCCGCGUCGGGUGAUCUGAUGCCGCUCGCAUACGUUGUUGGGGCCAUUGAAGGAAGCCCGGGAAUAUCCGUGCGUGUUGGUGGCCACCAGAUAGUAACCGCUCAACAGGCUCUGCAAGCCGUUGGUGCUAAAGGAGUCACACUGGGGCCGAAAGAGGGCCUUGGACUCGUCAAUGGCACGGCCGCCUCUGGUGCCCUUGCCGGUCUGGUGCUCUAUGAGACGCAUCAGCUAGCUGUACUCGCCCAGGCAGUCACGGCUCUUACAGUCGAGGCCAUCCAAGGAAGCGUGGAGAGUUUCCACCCAUUCAUUGCCCAAGUCCGGCCCCACGCAGGCCAGAUUGAAGCGGCGGAGAAUAUACUAUCGGUUUUGAGAGGUUCUCAGCUUGUUAGAGGGAGCAGCGUCUCUCAAACCAGGGCCGGGCUUGUACAGGACCGAUAUUCUCUCCGGACGGCCAGUCAGUGGAUUGGACCUCAAUUGGAAGAUCUUCUGCUCGCGGAUCGGCAGGUCUCGGUUGAGCUCAACUCAACAUCCGACAAUCCCCUCAUUGACGCUGGUGAGAGGACCUUCUACACUGGAGGUAAUUUCCAGGCAACUUCAAUCACAUCCGCGAUGGAGAAGACUCGGUUGGCAUUGCAGAUGUUUGGGAAGAUCAUGUUCGUCCAGUGCAAUGAGAUGAUUGAUCCCAAUCUCAACAAUGGUCUGCCCACGAAUCUAGUCGCCGAUGACCCUAGUCUUUCGUUUACAAUGAAAGGGGUGGACAUCAAUAUGGCGGCCUAUAUGUCUGAAUUGGCGUAUCUCGCCAACCCGGUCAGCACGCAUGUCCAGGCUGCAGAAAUGCAGAACCAGGCGCUGAACUCACUGGCAUUCCUCUCAGCGCGGUAUACCAUGAAAGCGGUUGAUAUCGUCUCGAUGAUGGGGGCGUGUUCCCUUUACGUUGCAUGCCAGGCACUAGACCUGCGCGUUCUGCAGCUCACCUUCUUUCAGAGACUCCAACAGACCGUCACAGAGACCACCAAAGAAGCCUUUGAACGGGUGCUUGAACCGCGUGAGAUCGAUACUUUAGCCCAACACUUGUUUGAAACAAUGAAGAGCCACUGGCCCACGACUUCACGACUCGAUCUGCGUGAUCGGUGUGAGCGCGUGGUCGAGAUGACCCUUCCCGUCUUUUUUGGAGCCCUGGUGCCACCCCAUCGCCAAGAUUCCCGACUCUUUGCAGCCAUCAAUGUGUGGAAGACCGUGAAUUUUUCGAGGCUAGAAGCCAUCUACCGCGAUGUGCUCGCCGAAUUCUGCGCCUCACAGCCCACUGCUGAACAUCUCGGAGUGGGGACCAAGGCAGUCUACACAAGUAUCCGACAUGAUCUGGGCAUUCCUUUCCACCAGGGCUUCAUUGAACAUCCCUCGGCAAAUUAUGGCGAGUUGCCAGAGACAAUCAAUGGGAGAGCCAAGAAGACGGUUGGCGGUUGGAUAUCAGUUGUGUAUGAAGCGUUGCGCGAUGGGACCUUGAGUGGAACUAUCCUUAGUGCUUUUAAACAGUAA